CAAUUGUCCCGGUGUUUCGUUGUUUUCUUGUACAGUUUUCACCCCAAUUCCACAUAUACCCCCAUCCAUCACCAUGAAGCUGGACGAGCUCAAGCCUCUCGAGGCCCUCCUCACCGCGGACUUCCGCCAGAUCGAGCCCCGCCUGCAGGCUCUCGACAAGCACCUGAUCCUGCGCACCUACCUCGACGGCUACACCCUCGGCGACAUCGACACCAAGAUCUGGCUCGCCCUCCGUGGCAACCGCGCCGCCGUCUCCUUCAUCAAGCGCGGCUCGCUCGCCAACCUUGCCAGAUGGUUCAACUACAUUGAGGAGAACCACCCCGAGAUCCAGGCCGAGAUCAAGGCCAAGGAUGCUGCCGCCAAGGCCAAGGUCGCCGCCGCCUCCAAGGCCGGUGCCAGCUAUGCGCUCGCCCUCCAGAACGCCGACCAGGGCGUCGUCACCCGUUUCCUUCCCGAGCCCUCGGGCUACCUUCACAUCGGACACGCCAAGGCUGCCCUCCUCAGCGACUACUUUGCCCACCAGGCCUACAAGGGCCAGUUGCGCCUCCGUCUCGACGACACCAACCCUUCCAAGGAGAAGCAGGAGUACCAGGAUGCCAUCAUUGAGGAUCUCGCCCUCAUGGGCAUCAAGCCCGACACGGUCACCUACACUUCCGACUACUUCGACUACCUCUACGACAUGUGCGUGCGCAUGAUCAAGGAGGGCCACGCCUACGCCGAUGAUACCGACCAGGACACCAUGCGCGACCAGCGCUGGAAGGGUAUUGCCUCUGCCCGCCGCGACCGCUCCGUCGAGGAGAACUUGCGCAUCUUCACCGAGGAGAUGAAGAACGGUACCGAGGAGGGUCUGAAGAACUGCAUUCGCGCUAAGCUGUCCGUCGACAACCCGAACAAGGCUCUCCGCGACCCCGUCAUCUACCGCUGCAACAUCGAGACCCCUCACCACCGUACCGGCACCAAGUGGAAGAUGUACCCCAUGUACGAUUUCGCCUGCCCCGUCGUUGACAGCCACGAGGGCGUCACCCACGCUCUCCGCUCCACCGAGUACACCGACCGCAACCCCCAGUACCAGUGGUUCAUUGAUACCCUCAAGCUCCGCCAGGUCUACAUGUGGGAUUUCGCCCGCAUGAACUUCAUCCGCACCUUCCUCUCCAAGCGCAAGCUCGCCAAGCUCGUUGAUACCGGCAAGGUCUGGGGCUGGGACGACCCUCGCAUGCCCACCAUCCGUGGUGUGCGCAGGCGCGGUAUGACCAUCCCCGCGCUUCGCGACUUUAUCCUCAAGCAGGGCCCCUCCCGCAACGUCGUCACCAUGGAUUGGACCAACUUCUGGGCUAGCAACAAGAAGGAGAUCGACCCCAUUGCUCCCCGCCACACCGCUAUCACCAAGAAGGACGCCGUCAAGGUGGUCGUCAAGGGCGCCGAUGCCCCCGCCGAGCCCGUCAAGCAGGAGAAGCCCAAGCACCCCAAGAACAAGGAGGUCGGCACCAAGCAGGUCACUUUCGCCAACGAGCUCAUUAUGGACCAGGCCGACGCCAAGUCGUUCAAGGACGGCGAGGAGAUUACCAUUAUGGGUUGGGGUAACGGCUUUGUCCGCAACAUUGACACCUCUGCCGAGGUCAUCCCCACCUUUGAGAUCGAUCUCAACCUUGCCGGCGACGUCAAGUCUACCGAGAAGAAGGUCACCUGGCUCGCGUCCAAGGGCCAGACGCUGGUCCCUGCCGAGCUCUGGGACUUUGACUACCUCAUCACCAAGGACGUUCUCCAGGAGGAGGACAACAUGGAGGACUUCCUCAACCCCGUCACCGAGACCAUGGAGGAGGCCUGGUGCGACGAGGCGGCGGCCUCCCUCAAGAAGGACGACAUCAUUCAGCUCGAGAGACGCGGGUACUACCGGGUUGACAAGGGUCUCAAUGACUGGAAGGAGGGCGAGGAGAAGAAGCUUGUGCUGUUCUGCAUUCCUACUGGCAAGACUGGUUCCAAACGCCAAACCCGACAAGCCACCAUCGACAAGACAGCGCAAGCGAAGCAAGCCAAGCGAACAUGUCACAGACACGUAAAAAUGCUACGCAAAUGUAACAAAAUGCAACGGUUCAAGAACCAGGUUUUGUGUAACGGGGUGGAAGACGAGAGAAAUCAGCCCGCCCAGACGGACAAGAAGGGACAAGACAAUGCCGAGAAGCAACAAGUCUCCAAAAGGAAGUUGGAUUGGAGAAAGACGGCUUGGCGAAGGGGAGAGGCCGUUAUAAAACUGUGA